AAAAAAAUCUUUAAUUUAUUAAACCCUUUCCUUGUUGGGAGGUUUGCAGAGGACCCCGGUUGCAACCUCCCUCCAUUCGUUUAAGGCAAACCCUGCAGCCCGGAUGAGGUUCAGCUAACUCUCCCUGCAGUUUGACGACCCAGGACAGAUUAGCAGCUUUUUCUUUCUUUCUUCGGAUGGACACGAUCAACUUCCAUGAGUCAAACAAUCCUGAGGAGGGCAGGACGCCCUCCGAGUCGGCCUCCAGACUAGACUUGCUCUGUUGCACCGGCUUGCCCGUGUUGCUAUGGCUACCUCCACGGAUGUGGCCAGGGCCAACAUUGCAGCGGCCACCUCGUUUGCAUCUCAGCUGAGUGGCUACACUUCCAGCACAACUGCGCAGCUCUGCAAGCCUGGCUCUGAGUCUACAUCCAGCAAUACAAGUCUAUGGAGGUCUUCUGGUGCUGGAUUACUCCAACCAUGGACAAGGACAGCAUGCCUAUCGUGAAGUAUCCCCGGACAGUUGACCCUCUUUGGUACGAAUGGGAUCGGAAGGCCCAGAAAAGUGGGUUAAGGCACACCAUUUAUGCCGUGAAUGGGGAUCACUACACCGGAGAAUGGCUGGACAACCUGAAACAUGGCAAAGGCACACAGACCUGGAAGAAGACGGGAGCCAUAUACAGCGGUGAAUGGAAAUUUGGGAGAAGGGAUGGAUACGGGACAUACAGCAUACCUGACCCUGUCACCAAGGAGUAUAAGAAAGUGUAUUCAGGCUGGUGGAAAAAUGACAAAAAGUGUGGCUUUGGCAUCAAGUUUUACUCGGAUAGUGAGUAUUACGAAGGAGAGUGGAAUGGCGGGAAGAGAAACGGCUGGGGAAGGAUGUACUACAAGGACGGGUCCAUCUUUGAAGGCCAGUGGUCAGAAGACAAGCCGGGCGGCCAAGGAAUGUUCCGUCUAAAAAAUGAAAACCGGUAUGAAGGUUGCUGGAAGGACGGGAAGAAACACGGGCCCGGGAAAUUCUUCUAUCUGGAUACAGGGCAGCUGUACGAGGGAUUCUGGGUGGCAGAUGUCCCCAAGUGUGGAACCAUGAUUGACUUGGGCCGUGAUGAAGCCCCCACGCCCACUCAGUAUCCAAUCCCAAAGGUCGAACUGGCAGACCCAGAUGGUGUGUUGGAAGAAGCUGUCACAGUGCUCGAGAACGCUGAGGAAUUAAGCUGUCAGCCUAGCAAAGAAAAAUGCUAAAUUACACCCCUUUUCAGUCUAAGAAAGUGGUUCUGAACCUGGAGGGGUGGGGGUGGGGGUGGCCAGAUGUUGCUGAACUACGACUCCCAGCAUCCCCUUGGCCAUUGUGGCUGGUGAUGGUGGGGAUUGUGGCCCAACAGAUGGGGACUCAAGGUUGAGAACCCCGCCGGCAAACAGGAUGAGCAGUCACUGUAUUCAGUAACCAUUCCCAAGCAUAGAUCUGGUCUCAUCGAGCUUUUGGCCUGUCCCUUCUCUUAUUUUGCUCACUGGUGUAGCAGCUGAGGUGGCAAUGGAGGAAGGAGAAACACCCUAACUCAUGAUCAAUACAGGAGCCUCAACUCCUCUUUAUAAGCGACCAUCCGUCCUCAAAGUGGGGUUACUUAUUCCUCCCUUAUCCAUCGACAUCCACUACCAAGCCCAGUACCUGGAUUCCCAAGGAUCUCCCCUUGUGCCUCACUCUCUCCAAUAAAAACAUUUAUAAUC